AUGCUCUUCUUCGUUUCCCUCGCCCUUCUUGGCGUAGUCAGCUCAGCAGUCGCCCAGAACAUGUCCCUGUGUGACAAGUAUACAACGGCAUUGCUCAUGGAAAACAACGCGACAAACCAGUACACGCUCUUAACACUUCUUGUGAACACGGUCGUCAUUGGCAAUUAUACUCAACCAAACAAGAACGCGGUCCCUGGUAUUCUAGCCAAGGGGAUUUACAAGGGCGAGGAGGUUAAUCUGCUUCAAUACUUCGACGGUUCCUUAAAGUCUAGUAAUGAUGGAGGAAUGUCGGGCGUGGCUGUCAACUUCCUCGACGAUGGCGGAGCAGCCCCAUUGAUGAUGAACAAACCUGCCAAUGGCAUGAAUUCGCAACAAUAUUUCCUCUUGACCCAUCUCUAUCAAUUCUUCGGCAAGCUUCUCGGCUGCUCGGGUUACAGCAUGAUGGGAUUCCCGAAAUACUCCGGCGAUAAUAUGGCCUCGGUGCACGCCUUCAUGGACCUAGACCCUUCCGAACUCGGGUACUUCAUCACGCAAGUCGGGCUUGCAGCGAGUUCCUUUGGUGUGAGCUCUGACGAUGUCAAUGCCGUUGCCAUGGCUCUGCAGAAGCUGUUUGGAUACCGGUGUAGCCCGCCAGCCAUAGUCAUUCCGGAGAUGGGGCCUACACUCAAUAGUAUUUGUCAGAAUGACAAGUGUCCUCUGGAUCCGAUGGCUCAGUGCUCAGCAUACCCGAAUAAUGGUGUGACAAUGGAGCCAAUGAUGGCGAAUGGUACAAAUAUGUCAAUACCAAGCUCAACGACAACAACGCCUUCCUCGACUCUAAAGGCCUCAUCGACUACCACUACUGCGACUAAGUCUACAGGCGGCGCACUGGCGGAGCGCGUUAGUAUGGGUGCCGCAAUUGGCAUGGUUGUUUUGGUUUUGAUGGUUUGA